UUUGGCAAUUGCUUCCCGUCGGAAUUCCCGGAGGUUUGAACCGACAGAAGCAUGUGGCCGUCGCAGCGAGGCAGUACCUCCAAGGCCUGGUGUGUCCGCAAUGCACAGCCCAAGCCCAUUUAUGUGGCGCCCUUCAAGCCGGAGCCCACAAGGUGGCAGAGGCCGGGACCCAUGAACCUCGAUGAUUGGGUGAACUUCUACAAGUGGUGCCAGGUGAAUGCUGUGCCCGUCGAGAGGCCGCCCAUUCCGAGGGUAAAUGAGUCACCGCCCACUUAUGAGCGCAUCCCGAGGAUGCAAAAGCCAUCCAAGCCGGUUGUGGGCUGGACACGGUGCGAAUCGGGCGGUUCAGCGAAGAACAAAGAGGAUCAGGACAUAUUUUGUAGACUGAGCAAACCGCGUUGGCACCGUGCAAAGUACCAGCCGCCGCCUAAGGAGCUGUUUCCCUACCGCCCGCGGCUCGCCUAUCAGCCUCGUCCUAGGCCAGAGCCGGGCAGACCGGCGGACAAGCCCAAGGUGCCCUGCUGCUUCCAGCACGAGGAUGUGGAGGCCGAAUUCUGGGCCACCGUACGGUUUCCCGUCUCAAAGAGCGCCCGUAAAACGAUGCCAUCGCAAAAGGACUGCGAGUUGUCGAAACCAAAGACGAUGCCACCCAAACCCCACUGUCCACUGCCGCCGGAAAUGUUGGAUGGGCCGCCCAUGCGUACGAAAAUGUCGCCACGCCAGUGGCGUGCCCAUCUGAGGCGUCUCAAGUUUCUGUCCCAGCCCAGUGAGCGAAUGCUGGCAGAUCUGCCAUGCUUCUGUGAUCGGUGGUAAACGAAGGAGGGUAGGCUUUGAAGGAGCUAAACGAUCUGCACCAAGCCAUAGAGCAUUUAAUUGGAGCUGGAGCAUAUUUGAUGCUGCUGCCAGUUGAUUGAACUAUGGCUUAGUGGCUGAUUUAUUUGGUGCCUUCUGGAAAAUUUCUAGUGUCGGAAAGUAGAUUAAAUGUCGUGGAAAGUAAA